UUCAUCUCUACGUUAUUCUCGCAAACGAACGUCGCAUCCGUGAGCACAGCAGUCAUAUUCCUUCUGCUCUUCUUCCCCUAUCAAAUAUCAACAAAGGCGCAAUCACUGACAUACAUCACCUUUAGCUUAUUGUUCCCUCAGACUGCAGUGGCCUACGGUUUUGAACUGAUAUACAUAGCAGACGUAAAUUAUGUCAGCGACUGGUCCUCCAUUUUCUCCAUAUAUGCAGCAGAAUACGGUAUCACAUUAUCGCACGUAUUAUCGGCAUUUGCAAUAGAUACACUUAUCUAUGCGAUUUUGGCAUGGUAUGUGAGUGCAGUGUUUCCUGGUGCUUACGGUGUUCCUCAGCCAUUCUAUUUCUUUUUCACUGCGCGCUAUUGGCUCGGCGACAGUUAUAUAUUGCGCAAAGCUCGGGACGAUGCCGCUCCGCCGCCAGUCAAGCUGUCAGGUAACAUUGCUUUUUUGAUUGCACAAAUAUGA